UCACUUUGAUCAGAGCAUGGUCCAGCCAGGAAAUCCAUGCCAAUCUUCCUCUGUCAAACUCUGCAACAGAAACUGGAUUUAUCCUAAGUAGUAGUUCUUUUCACUGAUCAGUUUUAUACUGAAAGCAUCUACUCACCUUUUGGCUGAAAUGAAUGCACCAGGGCCACCUCUAACACAUUCAUCUCAGAAUCAGGUAGUUCUGAAGGCUGUUAUAGCUGCAGUUGUAACUACUUUGAUAAUUGCCAGCAUACUAUUUUAUUUCUUCUACAGAUACUAUAUAGCUCGUCAAAGGAAGAAAAACAAGUUGAACUCAAGUUUCCAUCGAGAAGUUUCUGGUUCUGUGCCUCAUCAAGAAUUCCAGCAAAGUGGAGCUUUAAAAGGGCUCAUAGUAGAUGAAAAUGGGCUUGAUGUUAUAUAUUUGAGAAAAUUUGAGGGUAGACAGCUCGGAAGUUGCUUUUCUAAGGUUUGGGUGAAUUACAUGGAUGAGGAGGAAGAGAAGAGGAUUGAUAGCCGACAAGAGAAACCAGUUUCAAGCGAUCAUAUCCAAGAAAUCCCAUUACUGCAAAAUGCAAGCAAUGUAGAUGGCUAUGAGAAAGAGUCAGAUACUGCACAACAAACAAUGAACUCACUCCCUGCAGCAAGCAGAUCUUCACAACAUCCAUAUCCUCAACUUCCAUCGUCCUCAUUACAGUUUCCACAGAAGGAAAUCACUCCUCCAAUAGAAACACCCUCUCAACCAGCAGUUCUCUCGAGUCAAAAUCCACCUCAACCACCAAUACGUCCAUCUCCACCACCUCCGCCUCCCCUUCCAAUGAAAAGGAUUAUUAAAGCACCAACACCACCUAAUGCAGGGAAAAUAAAACCUUCUCCACCACCCCCACCAAAGGGGAACGGGUUGCAUUCAUCAUUAAAACCACCUGUUGCACCAAGAGGGAAAGCGAGCAGCCAAGAGAAAGCAGAAGCUCCAACUGAUGAGAAGUCAAAAGAUGAUGGUGAAGUUCAAAUUAAACUGAGGCCACUGCACUGGGAUAAAGUCAUUGCUAAUACUGAUCACUCCAUGGUCUGGGAUGAAAUCAACAACGGUUCUUUCCGAUUUGAAGAUGACCUUAUGGAAGUUCUCUUUGGAUACAAUAUCACUUCCCAGAAAACCCCCGAAGGAAAUAACACGACCACAAGCUCAGCCACUUCUAAGUUGGCUCGACCAGUGCAGAUCUUUAUUCUCGAUCCUAGGAGGUCACAGAACACAGCAAUUGUACUCAAGUCUCUUUCAAUCUCUCGCGAAGAAAUACUUGAUGCCCUCUUGGAGGGUCAAGGACUCAGUGUUGAUACCCUUGAAAAACUAACCAAGAUUUGCCCAACUGAAGAAGAAACAUUAAAAAUCCUCCAAUUUGAUGGUGACCCAAGAAAACUUGCUGAUGCCGAGUCUUUUCUCCAUCACAUGCUGAAAGCUGUUCCUUCUGCUUUUAAGCGUUUCAAUGCUAUGCUUUUCAGAUCAAGCUAUGAUACAGAAAUUCUAAGCCUCAAGGAGAAUUUGCAAACAGUUGAGCAGGGUUGUAAAGAAUUGAGAACAUGUAGAAUUUUCUUAAGACUUCUGGAAGCCAUUCUUAAGGCUGGCAAUCGGAUGAAUGCAGGAACGGCUAGAGGAAAUGCUAAGGGAUUCAACCUUGGUGCAUUACAAAAACUAUCAUAUGUAAAAAGCAACGAUGGAAAGACUACUCUGCUUCAUUUUGUAGUUGAACAAGUCAUCCGUUCUGAAGGUAAACGCCGCCUUAUCAAUAAAGGUAACAAGGUUGACAAUGAAGAUUUUGAUAGAAAGACGGAAAAACUAGAAAAAGAAACAGAGACCCUAAUACUAGGUUUGCCAGUUUUGCAAGGAUUGAGUUCCGAAUUCUCUAAUGUAAAGAAAGCAGCUACCAUGGACUGCGAUAGUUUCAUCAAUACAUGUUCCACUCUUACAAUGCGGAUAAAUGAUGUUCGCCAGCUCAUAACGUGCUGUGGAAAUGCUGAAAGAGAUCGAUUUGUAAAAGUGACUAAAGGGUUUCUGGAGGAAUGUGAAGAGGAACUCAAGGUGAUCAGAGAAGAACAAACAAGAGUCAUGGAACUUGUGAAGAGAACGACAGAGUAUUACCAAGCAGGAUCUUCAAAGGACAAAGGCACACAGGGACUUCAGUUGUUUGCCAUUGUGAAAGACUUUCUUGACAUGGUUGAUAAAGUGUGUGUAGAUAUCACAAAGAAAGUACAGAAGAAGAACGCAUCAAGCGUAGAGUCACCACCACCCCAAUCAACAACACCAAGAAUUCCUGCGAGGUUCCAUAACUUGAGAACAUACUUUACACCAGAAAUAUUGAGUAGUGAAUCUGAGAAUGAGUUCUGAUGAAACUUCAUUACUCUUAUAAGUUCACUGAAAGUAGAGUAGAUUGUCAAAAACUAAAAAUAGUCUUUACAUUCUCCACAUUUGAAUUAUCUCAUUAACAUACUAACCCC